ACAGCAGCCACAAGUCAGAGAGCAAAGUGUCCCCCUCUGUGAGCAUCAGGUAGCUCCAUAUACGGAUUGAGAGGCACUUCACAGCCCCUCUGGCACUGUAUCUGCUAGGGCGCACAGAGGGGCAGUGCCAUGCACACUCCUGACUAUGCGCUCCUCCUGAGCGGAGGGAACCAGUCUCUGGUUUUUAGUUCCACUAAUGUAACGAUGGAAACACCUGGAAACAACACCGUGCACCCGAACGGAUCUGAUCCGUUUGCGCGAAACGAGGAGGUUGCCCAAAUCGAGAUAAUGGUGCUGAGCAUCACUUUCGUGGUCGCUGUGAUUGGUAAUGUGAGCGUCCUGCUAGCAAUGUACAACACGAAGAAGAAGAUGUCGAGGAUGCACCUUUUCAUCAAACACCUCAGCCUGGCUGACCUGGUGGUCGCCUUCUUCCAGGUGCUGCCGCAGCUCUGCUGGGAGGUCACCUUCCGCUUCUACGGUCCAGACUUUCUCUGCAGGAUAGUCAAACACCUCCAGGUGAUGGGGAUGUUUGCGUCCACCUACAUGAUGGUGAUGAUGACCCUGGACCGUUACAUUGCCAUCUGCCACCCUCUGAAAACCCUCCAGCAGCCCACCAAGCGCUCCUACAUCAUGAUCAUCUCCACGUGGAUUUGCAGCCUGGUGCUCAGCACCCCGCAGUUAUUCAUCUUCUCCCUGAGCGAAAUCAAGAACGACUCGGACGUCUACGACUGCUGGGCGCACUUCAUCGAGCCGUGGGGCGCCAAGGCGUACAUCACCUGGAUAACCGUGGGCAUCUUCCUCGUGCCCGUGGUCAUUCUCAUGAUGUGCUACGGGUUCAUCUGCCACAGCAUAUGGAAAAAUAUCAAAUUCAAGAAAAGGAAAACGAUGCCUGGUGCUGCCAGCAAGAACGGGCUAAUUGGGAAGCAUUCCGUCAGCAGCGUUACAACUAUAUCAAGAGCCAAACUGAGGACUGUUAAAAUGACUUUUGUGAUAGUUCUGGCGUACAUUGUUUGCUGGGCGCCGUUUUUCAUAGUACAGAUGUGGUCUGUGUGGGAUGAGAACUUCCAGUGGGCUGAUUCUGAGAACACAGCAGUGACUCUGUCUGCACUCCUUGCCAGUCUCAACAGCUGCUGUAACCCGUGGAUAUACAUGAUCUUCAGCGGUCACCUCCUCCAGGAUUUUGUGCACUGCUUCUCCUGCUGCCUCAAAAUGAACACUGACUUCAAGAAAGAGGACUCAGACAGCAGUAUCCGCAGAACAACGUUGCUGACAAAGAUGACCAACCGGAGCCCCACGGGCAGUUCUGGGAACUGGAGAGAGCUGGACAUUUCUCCUAAGUCCUCCAUUCAGGCGGAGUAAACACACAGCCAGGCAACUCUGUAUACUGGGGUGGGAAAUUAAAAAAAGUAAAGCAUCAAGGUACACAUACAGUAUCAACUCAUCUUAACCUUGUUAUUGACUGAAAGGGAUUGAAAUUACUCCUAAAAUCCAAAAGGUUUUUGCCUGGAAAACAGGAAACAGAGUGAAGAAAUAUGGUCAGAAAAUAUGGACACAUUUCCUGUAUGUUCUUGCUGGAAUUUGUGGGCAAACAUGUUCCUUUUCUCAUAACCUCAGCAAAAAUGUUUUAAAAACUUUGGGAAAGGGGGUGAAAUUGUAAAGGUUUACUUAAAAUGUAUCAUGUUUUAUAUCUCCACAGUUGUUUGUAAAAGCACUGGACACUGACAGUAAUAUUUACUUAAAAAAUCAAGCCCAACGUAGUCAGGCAGAAUUUCUGGAGUCUAAACAUGAUUCUUUGUGAUGUUUUUGAUACAAAAACUUUUACAGGAAUACUGGUGGUUAUGUGUCCUCAUAGGUCCACCAAACACCCUCUAAUGCUAGAGUCUUCACAAUCAUAAAACAUAUGUAGCAGCCAGGAGGUGUGCAGUGGUGAAAACAACUCUUCCAGGCCGCACAUCUCUAAGUAACCGAAGCAGUCACCUCAUCCUUUGUGCUUGGCUUUCCAUUUUGUUGUUUUUCUCUGAACCGGAUUUUAGUGGCUUAUAUUUAAAAAAACAAAAAAACAAAAAUAAAAUGUUCUUUUGACCUAUAACAAAAAAGAACAAUAAUGGGUGUACGGUUUAGGCCACAUUAAUCAUGCAUGCGUGCAUCUACAUUUUUCUAAUUAUUUCAUGCAGCAGGUUGUCCUUUGUGUGGAUCCCUAACGAGUGGCUUUCAUUUCUGUUUAGAAUAGGCUGAUGUGAUCCCCUUGAAAAUAGCAGGACAUUCACGCACACACACACACACAGUGCAGGGGGUGACAGGGGUUUUGAUGAAGUGCGAUUGGCCACAGCUGGAGGAGUCUACCUACCGACCCACAGACCCCUCCCAUGGCUUUCACAAAAUGUUGAGGAGAAGCUCAGACAUUCCACAUACACUACGUCAACACACUUCCUGAUUUUUUCUGACAUCCUGCACCGUUGGGGAGGAGGGGGGUGUUUUUUGGCUUCAUUUGCACUCCAGACUAAAACAAUUUUGUGAAGCACCCUAAUGGUUGUCAGACCACCAUGAGAACCCCUAAAGAACAUUUAUGUUGUAAUGUAUCAAACAGUGUUUAGUAUAUCUGUACAUAAAAGGCACUUAAAUAUCUGUAAAUAGAAGUGAUAUAUGUAAAUAUGUUUAACAUGAAUUCUAUUUGUCUGUACUGGUUUGUGCACAUUGAAAAUAAUCUAAAUAUAAUAAAUAUAAAUAUAUGUUGAAAUAUACAUAUUGAUGCAC